AUGUCCAGCGCCGCUGUCGCCAAGAGAGGCUCGCCUCGAAUUGGGCGUCCGGGGUCGCGGACGGACUCCCCACUCGAUGCUAAUAACCCUCUACUGAAGACUGAAGGCUCCCAGGAAGCAAAUAGGAAAGAAUCAAAAGUUGUCACCGAUGCAGACGUGACACAAUCCAUCUCUGCUCCUCGCCGUCCCGGCCAAUCCGAGUCUGAAACAGAUUACUUUUCCGCUGUCCAUAAUACCAACCACUUUUCCUUUGAACCCAACCCGUUCGACCAAUCUUUCGGGAACCCUUCUGCGGAAACUCCAGGCAAAUCUCUCCUGCCACCGGUUGCGGCUCUUACCUCCCCUUCCCUACCCGGCACAACGACUGCAGGCGGGUUUACUUGGCCCAAUUCUCUGAGAGCAGGGCCGUUGAGCCCGGCGAUGCUCACUGGCCCAUCGGGGUCUGCCGACUUUCUCGAUAGUAUUGGCCGAGGCUUUCCCACCCCGAAUGAGUCCUCUCUCCGUACGGGGCUCACCCCCGGCGGUGGAGGUUCCAUGUUCCCAGCACCAAGUCCUGGUGCAACGUCUAUGCUUCAGCAACUUCAAAGUGGUGGCGCUACACCUUCGACUUUAGAAUUUCAUCGCACCGCCAUCAACGCAGCAAGGAAAAAUGGUGCUGGUGCACCCACAUCGAACCCACAAGAUCCAGAAAUCCUUCAACAAGCAGCAAACAUGGAAAUUACGAAAUCUGGUCCACAACUCGACCCAUUUACUCACCCUGACGCCACAGAUGCUGCCAACGGUCUUUAUAUGCUAGCUAAAGGGGGUCAAGCCGACAGUAUGCAAUAUCCUCAAGCAGGAUCUCAAGCAGCAUCUGAAGCUCGGGAUGCCUACUCCAGAAAUAACACCCCCCUUAACGGUUCCUUUAUUGCUCGAAACGGCGAUGUCACAGACCCACACCUCAAUGGAAAUAUGUCCGAUGGGACUGUCGACCACGCCAAACCUAAUGGUCGUAGCAAAGGGAAGAAGUCUACCGCUAAGGCUUCAAAUACCGCGAAUGGACGAAGAAGAGCUGAGGAGACAAAAGGAGGCUCGAACAAGAAAGCCAAAGGUGCUAAUGGAGUGGCAAUUGAUAGAGGCAACGAGGACGAGGACAAGAUGUCUCAGAACGAAGGUGGUACUGGUCAUUCUAAGAAAAUGACUGAUGACGAGAAACGCAAGAACUUCCUAGAGCGUAAUCGUGUUGCCGCUCUAAAGUGCCGUCAAAGAAAGAAGCAAUGGCUCGCAAACUUGCAAAGCAAGGUUGAAAUGUUUGCACAGGAAAAUGAUAGCCUUUCUACAACUGUCACCAAACUGCGGGAAGAGAUUGUCAGCCUCAAGUCGCUACUAUUAGCCCACAAGGAUUGCCCCGUUUCUCAAGCCCAAGGGUUGAAUGCCGGCCUUUUGAUGAAUGGCCUUACUGCUGGAGACUUUAUGCAACCACCCCCCCAUCCUUAUGGUAUCCCGAUGCCCCACGGAGCGCCUAUCCCAGCUCAAAAUAUGGCUCGAAGAUAG